AUGAGUCGAACUAGAGGUGGAAAUAGUUCGAAAUGGCUGGAAACCGAAUCCUGCUAUUGGUGGUGGUAGUUUGUCCUCUGAUAAAUGGAGAAGGGAAUGCCACACAAUGGGGAACGGAGACUCCUGCAACGGAAUCUGUACCACCUCUAAUGAUACCCCCAGUUGAGGCAAAGACUGCUGUAAACAACUCCAAGAUGGUGGCUACAAUCAAGCCCCGCAGCUCGUUCUUGGUCAAGCCGGAGCAGUACAGGUACGCAUUUCUGAGACAUGUCAGAAGGUGCCCCAGAGUGACAUUUGUAAAUCCAGUCGAUGUGAAAAAGAUAUUGGGAUUUUGGUAUGCCUACGCGACGACCCCCAUGGCCCAUCCCUUGUUCCGGCUGGAAUGCAGCGCCUACGAUGCUUCCAAUUACAACUUCACCAAUCGCAUCUUGAACACGGACUAUGUCAACUAUGCCAUACUGUAUUUCUGCAUAUACAACAACAAGACCAGGAAAUAUGAUAUUACCAUUCGAGCUCUUACCCGCAAUACAUCGCCGACAAGUUUGACCAUUCGGACUAUAAUCCAGAAUAUGAGAAAGUUCCGUUUCCAAACCAAAAUCCUUAUAUGGCUUAAGCACAAGGCCUACUGCUUUGAGUGGUUCAUAAGGUCAAACCAGGACAGAAGACGGUUCUACCGAUACCUGGCCCCCUACAAUCGAUGGAAUGAUCAUUGAUGAUGACAGCAUUGAAUUAAUUGCAUAACUCUCGCUAAUUGUUACAACAUAAUAAAUGGUUGGACUGCAGGAUGAUA